AUGCUUAAAUCCCAUGGCUUCAAGCGAUCAAAAGCUGACCACACUCUCUUCACACAUCGCACCUCUAGAGGAAUUGUGGUCGUCCUUAUCUAUGUCGAUGAUAUUAUCAUCUCCGGUGAUGACAAGGAUGGUAUACAAAACACCAAAGCUUUCCUCCACUCUACUUUUGCUAUUAAAGACCUUGGUGAACUCAAAUACUUUCUUGGUAUUGAAAUAUACCGUUCUUCGGAGGGUUUAUUUCUCUCCCAACGAAAGUAUGCUCUUGAUCUUUUAAGUGAGACAGGUAAACUUGGUGUGAAACCGGCACCGACACCGCUUGAAGAAGGCUACCAGGCCAAGCGAAAGGGGGAGCACAAGCAGAACCAGGAUAAAGAUGCUCCACUUGAUCCGUUGCAUGCACCAUAUGAAGAUGUGACAAGAUAUCGGUGUUUGGUAGGUAAGUUGAUCUACCUCACCAUUACACGACAUGACCUGUGUUAUGCUGUGAAUGAGGUGAGUCAAUUUAUGAAAGCAGCAACCAAGUACCAUUGGAGUAUGGUGGAACGCAUCUUAAGCUAA